UUGGAGGGAGGGUUGGGGCAGGAUGGCGAGCGACUGGCCCCAGGCGUCCCGAGUGCCCAGCUUUGCCCAAAUGCUGAAGAAGAACCUGCCCGCCCAGCCGCCGCCGCAACCUUCUCUGCAGGCCUCGGCUCCCUUGUUUCCGCAGGCAGAGAAUGCCAAAGCCAUGUUUUUACCGGCAGAAACGUCUAACAUUUCCACCUUGGCUUCCAAGGUGACAAACAUCGCAGGUCAAGUUCCUGACAGCCUAUAUUCCAAAGCAGGACCCAUUGUUCCAAUCACUUCACUUCCUCCCAAGAAAAUUCCAAAGGAAUUUGUCACAAAAUAUAAACGAGGGGAUAUAAACCCAGUGUCUGCUUUGCAUCAGUUUGCACAAAUGCAGCAUGUACAGCUUGAAUUAAAGGAAACGGUAGCAACAGGUAAUCUCUUGGGAUCAUACUUUGCAUUUUGUGCUGUGGUUGAUGGCAUUCAGUAUAAGACCGGAUUGGGGCAAAACAAGAAGGAAUCAAAAUCCAAUGCCGCAAAACUUGCUCUUGAUGAAUUACUGCAGUUAGAUGAGACAGAACCAAAACCUCUAGAAAAUCCAGGUCCUCCCAGGAGUCUUUCAGAAACUACAACCGUAACUGAACCUCAAAGAACAGCUGAACCCGGCUACAUUUCAAUUCCUUAUGAAGGACGGCAUCUUCCGUAUGAAAAAAUUUCUCAAGCUGUCAGGGAAACAUUCAAUAGCUUGACUGCUAAAUAUCCAGAGUACCAGAGUUGUAGCAGUUCGCUGGCUGCUUUCAUAAUUGAAAGAGUUAGACAGCAUGAGGUGGUAGCUAUCGGAACAGGUGAAUUCAACUAUAGUCAAUGGGAUCCAGAUGGGAGAAUAUUGCAUGCUCAUGCUGUUGUUACUGCAAGACGCUCUCUUCUUAGGUAUUUUUACAGACAGCUUUUGCUGUACUACAGUAAAAAUGCUGCCAUGAUGGAUACGUCCAUAUUUUGCAUUGAGCCAUCUUCAAACUUGCUUGCGCUAAAACCAAACGUAAACAUAUUUCUCUACUAUGAAUCAGUUACCAAAGGAUCUGCUCAGAUUAAGUCCAGGCUACGCCUCAAUCCCAAUUCUGCAUCUGCAUUUGAAGCUGAUGAGGAACUGUGCCUUCAUGUCGCUGUUGAAGGCAAGGUUUAUCUCACUGUCUACUGUCCUGCUGAGAUUUCUAGAAUAAGCAGCAUGUCUGCUAGUGACAAACUGACAAGAUGGGAAGUACUGGGUGUUCAGGGAGCCUUGCUAAGUCACUUCAUUCAGCCCGUUUAUGUUAACAGGAUCAUUGUUGGGGAUGGGAACUGCCAUGAUACACGAGGAUUGGAAAUAGCUAUCAAACAACGGGUAGAUGAUGCGCUCACUUCAAAACUGCCCAUGUUCUACAUGGUGAACAGACCUCGCAUUAGCUUGGUAUCUGCUGCUUGUGCUAUACAGGUAGACUUGGAACGCAGAUCUCUUAGUUUGAAUUGGUCCCAAGGAGACUUGUCGUUGGAGGUCGUAGACGGGCUAAAUGGGAAGAUCACAGAAAGUUCACCCUUCAGUGGCAUUUCAAUGGCAAGUCGUCUUUGCAAGGCUGCAAUGUUAAGUCGUUUCAAUUUAGUGGUUAAGAAUCAAAGAGAGCUGAUUUUACUUAACGCGGGCACGUACCAUGAAGCAAAGAUUAUGGCAGAGUCCUACCAAGGAGCGAAAUAUUUGCUGAAAACCUACCUGGAGCAGCAUGGUUUUGGGUCUUGGAUUGUGAAGUCUCCACGUAUUGAACAAUUCAGUAUGUAAAGAUUAAUAUAUUGGCUCUGGAGCUCUUGAAGUAGACUAGUUCUUUGAGUAUCUUAACUUUUUCAUUGGUUAGUAGUUGUUGAUCAGUACAGUGUCAAUUGAUUGCUGAAAAAAUUGUACAUAAGCCAAAUAAGUUAGCUAAGUUGUUAAUAUAUGCGGGCCAUUUUUAUCACUUAAGUCUCUUGCCAGUAUAAAUAUAUCUGGCAUUAAAGUAUAGUUUGGUGUUUUAUGUGUGUUACGCAUUUGCAGUAAUAUAUUUUUAAUUGAUUUCUAUGAAGCUUUAAAAUAAGUGAGGUUGAACAAUGUAAAAGCGGAGAAUUGUGUGCUGGCAAUUAUUAUUUUGCUAGGUUCAGUACCUGCUUGUAAUGGCAGUGCAAGUUACCAUGUCAUCACCUUGUUUUAAGAUUGGUUGCUUCUCUUCUGGCUUUAAAAGCCACAUUUUCCUUAUUAAUCAUCAUUAAACUUUGUGGGCUAUAU